GUCAAAUGUCAUUAUCCAGGUCACCUGUCUACAUAGGUUUCCUACUUCAUUGCCUGUCUACCUGUCUUACUGUCUUCUUGCUUGGCUCGUUUGAAUACCAAUACUACAAUACAAACCGUGUUAAAAAUUAAGAUCAUUGACAAAUGUUAACUUAGUGACUAAAAAUAUAUCUUUAAAUUCAAAGUGAUAUAUGAAAUAAUGAAACUCUUGAAUUAAGUUUAAUUAUCGCGGAACUGGCAUAAUUUAGCUUAGCUUCGAAACGAUGCUCCAUCGGCGGAAAACAAUGGCUCACAAAAAAUUUGGUUUCGGUCAUUUUUCAUUUUUAAUUUGUUUGUAUUCAUUAACAUUAUAAAAUUAUUUCACUGUUUAAUAUUUUUAACAUUCAUGUUAUUGUUAGAUUAGCUUUAUUUAUAAAAUUGUAUUAGUUUUUAUUUCAUAGAUUAGCGUUCGUUAGUCAUGAAUAUUCAAGUAUGCAGGGACACUUCAGACGCUGUGGCGCUUUACUUGCCACAGCGUUUGUAUUUAAAAUCGUAUGCCAAGCUUAAUAUUUCUGUCCAGCUUCCCUCUCACAAGGUACACGGCAAAACUAUAUCCAAUUGGGAGCUCAUGGAAAAACUGCGGAAAAUGAUCCAACCUGAGAGUUUUUCAUUGUUAAAAGUGUCGAAACAUAGUUCGGAAGUGAUCAGAUUUGAUGCGGAAAUAGAAAAUUAUAGUAUGCUAAAGAUGGUGAUUAUGAGACUUGAUGAACGUGUGGUGAAGUUGAAUGAUUACCCGGAGCCCUUAAGAGUGAAAGUUUGUGAAGCGAAGUCGGAUUUCCCUUCUCGUCACGCUUGGGACUCGUUCUUUCGAGAUGCGUCCGAUAUGGAUGAGAUGAAGCCAGGAGAAAGACCAGACACUAUUCAUAUAUCAAACCUGCCAAUACGUUGGUUUGUUCAUAAAAAUGAACGGGAUGAAGAUGCGAUGCCUUCUGAGAGCUUAUUCAAAAAGGUCUUUGAAAAGUUUGGUAGGGUACGUCAAGUGGACAUACCUAUUGCUGAUCCAUUUAGACUUCAAAUGAAAUCAGCCAUCAGAGGCAUCAUGUAUCCAACAGAAGAUGCAGCUGUGUAUUUUGAAGGAUACGUACAGUUUAAUGAAUAUGUCGGUUUCGUCAGAUGUAUGGAUGAAUUGAGAGGCAAGAAAUUAGUUAGAAAGCAGGAUGACAUUGCCGAGUGGUGUAGCAUCAGGGUUGAUUUUGAUAAGACAAAGCACAUGACUGAUGCAGCCAUCAAGAGAAGGGCUAUAGUUAGAGAAAGACUUGCAGCACGAAAGAGUCACAAAGAGGAAGAAGAACAAGCGGAAAAAUUGAAAGCUGCUAAAAGAGAAGCAAAGGAAAGACAAAAAUAUGAAUUGGCUGAAAAAGAGAAAUUGGAGAAGAUGAGGCAAAGAGAAGAAAGGAGAAAGAAAAAGCAACUUGCCAAACUAAUGGAGAGAGACAAUGUAGACCUGAAUAGCAAAGUGGCAGAAGAACAGAAGAAGUUAUUGAAAGCUCAAAAAAAGUUACAAGCCAUUAGGCUAGUUGCAGAAUUGUUUAAGAGAAUUGAGCUCCGUCCAGAACUACAGCGUAAUGGUGCUAAAACUCACAGAGCAUACAAUGAAAGCUUGAGGGCUCGUGUCGUAGAAAAGUUCAAAAGGCAACAAGAAGAAUUGUUGGAAGCACAAAGGAAGAAUCUCAGAAGCGCACUUGAUGGUCGUAUAGUGAUCCGUUCAGCUUUAGAAACGAAGAAGCCGAGACGUACCUCUUCCCUCAGCUCUCUAUCGGCUGACGAAGAAAAUCAACUACGAAUAAAAACAGAAAGAAUCCCAAGUCCGGACUCGAGAAUGCAAUAUGAUAAAACACCUGUUCCUGCGAUGUACGGGAUGGCGAACCCUUACAGCUUCGGGUACCCGGCGUUCAUGCCGCCAGGAUAUGCCUAUGGACCGCAAAGUUCAAUGUACUACCCCCGCGCGGCGUACCCUGCGGAGUGGGCGCGGCGCGCGGGCGGGGCGCGGGGGCGCGGGCGCGGCGUGCGGGGGCGCGGGGGGGCGCGGCCGCGGAUGCCGUACUUCGACGGACCGGACGCCACCGCGCAGUACUACAGAUACUUCAAGAAGCUGAAGGAAUCCAACGAACACGACGACCGGCUGCAUUCUCGCUCCCGCUCUCGGUCCCGCUCCCGCUCCCGCCGCCGCUCGUACACCCGCUCCCGCUCCCGCCGCCGCUCAUACUCCAGGUCGAGGUCUCGUUCAAGGAGAUCCAGAUCUAGGAGUCGUUCCAGGAGUCGUUCAAAGAGCAGAAGCAGACGGUCUUAUUCCAAGAGUAGGAGAUCUAGGUCCUACCACGACCGCUCCAGUUCUCGGUCGCGGAAGCGUUCCAAGUCACGGAGCAGAUCCAGAACCCCUGCAUCAAAACGUUCGACGAGAGGUACCGGUGGAGAGGGAAGAAGUCCUCCAGUCCAGAAUAUCGACUCCAGGCAGCGUGUGUCGCCUGUGCCUCAGGAGGCGACGAAUGGUCCGACCGACGGCUGGUCACCUUCCAAAGGCGAUGAGAGAUGGUCUUCCAGUCCCAAGGAGCAGGUCUGACGGAUCAAGGAUAACAACAGUAUUAUACGUACAUCGAACUAAAACAUUGUUAAAAUUACAAGGGCCGACUUUGUCCUUAAAAGUGAUCUCUGGCUUAUAAGUGAGCGGACCCUGGAUCACACGCGCACUAGCGACAUCUGGGAGCCGGCUGCGAGGACGCGUUCUGAAUCGCGCUUAUGACAUUCACGGAGACUUGUAAUACAUAGAAUAAGUAAGCCUUAGGUUAUGUGUAAUGACCACGUUUUCAACUUUAUAUUUGACCAUAUACAUUUGUAAUUGGUUCGAGUGCAUCCAAGAUGCGUGUAAAACAUUUUAGUUUAAGAAUAAUAUAUGUAUAGAUAUUGUUACGCGCUUGGGUUUGGGAUAAAUAAAACUUACCGAAGUACAAAUUAAAACUUUAACACUUAGAACACUUUACAAUUCGUAAUUCGAUUCUUCCGCUUCGCUUCAGGUGAUCCGUUCGCUUGUUUCGCUUCGAGUAAAUUCGAUUACUGACUGCCUUCGUGUCAUCUCUGCAACGCUUUUAUAGUUUAUACGACACCCCUGGAAUUAUCGAGAACAUUCUCGAUUAGGCCAGUCGAUUCGAUAUAUGUUUUCGCUAUUUUAUACUAGAUGGCGUUGCACUUUUCGAGCGUUCUCGAUUUUAAGAGUUCUUUUGAUAUUCGUUUCAGCUAUUCGACGAUAGAUGGCGUUACUCAUACCCGCGUAGCAAUAUAUAUAUGUAAUAGAUUCGUAAGGCACCGUUGUCCGCUCGACUCUUGUGAGUGAUCGAAGGCGCUGGAUACAUUUUGUUUGUAACAAUUUAGUCUAGGCUCAGAAGUAUCUCGACUAAUUUUUUUCUUUUUUAUUUUAAAUAUAUUUAUUUGUAAAUAA